GGUGCCCCGCGUGCGCCUGGCCGGCGUCCCCGCGGGCGACUUCGCCGUGCCCUCGGUGUCGCAGCUGCGCGUGGCCGACCAGGGCCGCUUCGUGCGCUUCUCCGGAACCCUGACCCGCGCCGGCGCAGUGAAGGUCGUCCAGGAGUUCCGGAGGUUCCGGUGCGACCAGUGCGGGCACGAGUUCGGAUGUCGGGCCUCGGCCGCCAGCGGCUACGACUUCGAGGUGCCGAGCGAGUGCAGCGGGGGCCGGAAGCAGCCCAGGUGGGACCCCAAGGUCAAGGUGCGGAAGAUGGUGAAGUGCCACUCGCGGGCGUUCCAGCCCCUGCCCCCGGGUGAGGACUGCAUGACAGACUUCCAGGAAGUGCGCGUGCAGGAC